AUUAAAGGCGUGCACCACCAUCCCACAGCUAAUAGUUUUAAAAGCAUUGUUUUAACAGAAUUCAUGACAGGAAGUUCUCAGAACUGACCCUCUGAACUGUGUCUCCAAAAUUUUGCUGUUAUAAAAAAUAUUCCAAUAUUCCAAUGGAUAUUUUUGGAUAAAAUUCUUCAUCGAUAUCUUCCAUCAUGGUUCUCUGUCCUAAGGUCACAGAUGAUUAGAAUCUUUAAUAAGAGCUUGGGGUUCAGAAAGUAUAAAAUCCUGAAUUAUAAAACACAAAUAUGGUGCAAGUGGUUUUAACAAUCAUUGAAGAUACAGUCUAAAAUGGAUAUAAUUCACAAGAUUUUUUAGAAUGUGUAUUCUUCUGUAAAAGAGGCAAAUGAAUAAUAUCCCUCUUAAAGACCUAUAAAUACUGAAUUAAACAUACACAUAUUUGGGGGCAUAAAUUUUGUUUGCUUUUCAAUGUAACUAAACUCAUUUAUGAUUACAGCAAAAGUCCCCCAUGUAACAUAAUUUUAUAAGUGUUUUAAAGAUCUUAUCAGCUCUCCAAGCUUGUUCCAGGACAGGCACCAGAACAAUAGAGAAACCUUGUCUCGAAAACAAAAACAAAACAAAACAAAAAAACCAAAAAGAUAUUGUCAUCUCAAUAAAAUGCUCAUUGAUUGUGUAGUAAAGAAUACUUUUAAGUUCUUUUUUAAAAUUGUUUUUAUUGAGCUAUCUAUUUUUCUCCGUUCCCUUCCCAUAAAGAAUAUUUUAAUCAUGGAAGGGAAGUCAAGGCCUCGGGAGCUUGAAGCAGCUGCUCAUAUUACGUCAGUCAGAAGGGAGUGACGCAUGCGCGCUAGAGCUCAACUUUCUGGUUCCACUCUUAUGCAGUCCAGGGUCCCCUGCCUAGGGAGUGGUGCCACCCAUGUUAGAUGAAGCUUCUCAUCUCAACUAGCAUAAUCAAGGUAAUCUCACACGAAGCUACCCAUAGGUCCAUCUUCCCAGGUGAUUCUAGAUUCUACAAAUUGGCGAUUAGCGCUGACCAUCGCAGCCUGGGAAGGUCAUGCAGCAUCUUCAAAGAAGAUGUCCAGAGGGACCAGGAAAAUGGCCAGGAUGAGAGUAAAGCCUGCUCUGGAACCUUCAUCUUCAGCUCUUGGACUGAACUGUCCUUUUGUGGCCAAAGCCUGUCGUGGUGACAGUGAUUCGGAGCAGUGGGCAACUCCACCACAGAGUGCACAUCAUUCCCCAGAGAAGCAAAAUGAAUGAGAAGUCAACCACCAGGAAAGGUUUCUGCUCGUUGCGCUAUGGGCUGGCUCUCAUCAUGCACUUCUCCAACUUCACCAUGAUAACGCAGCGUGUGAGUCUGAGCAUCGCCAUCAUCGCCAUGGUGAACAGCACCCAGCAUCAGGACCCAGCUAACGUAUCCAGGGACAGCCCUUUGACAGACCCUCUCAGUAACUGGAGCAGAAGCAUCAAGGACUUUAGCGCGCGGGCUGCUGUUUAUCAGUGGAGCCCAGAGACUCAGGGUAUCAUCUUUAGCUCUAUCAGCUAUGGAAUCAUACUGACUCUAAUACCAAGUGGAUAUUUAGCAGGGAUAUUUGGAGCAAAGCAGAUACUUGGUGCUGGUUUGCUCAUCUCGUCCCUGCUCACGCUGUUUACUCCAAUGGCUGCUGACUUUGGGGUGAUUUUAGUCAUCAUCAUUCGCACAGUCCAGGGGAUGGCCCAGGGAAUGGCAUGGACUGGUCAGUUUACAAUUUGGGCAAAGUGGGCUCCUCCACUUGAACGCAGCAAGCUCACCAGCAUUGCUGGCUCAGGGGCAGCAUUUGGGUCCUUCAUCAUCCUCUGUGUCGGGGGAUUAAUCUCACAGGCAUUGGGCUGGCCUUUCAUCUUCUAUAUCUUUGGUAGCAUUGGCUGUGUCUGCUGUAUCCUGUGGUUCACAGUGAUUUACGAUGACCCCAUGAAUCACCCAUGCAUAAGUGUGAGGGAAAAGGAACAUAUCACAUCCUCACUGGCUCAGCAGUCUAGUUCUCCCAGAAGAUCCAUCCCCAUCAAGGCGAUGGUCAGAUGCCUGCCACUGUGGGCCAUUUUCAUGGGGUUUUUCAGUCAUUUCUGGCUGUGCACCAUAAUCUUAACAUACCUACCGACAUACAUCAGUACGGUGCUCCACGUUAACAUCAGAGAUAGUGGGGUUCUGUCCUCCCUGCCUUUUAUUGCUGCCUCAAGCUGUACAAUUUUAGGAGGUCAGAUGGCAGAUUUCCUUCUGUCCAGGAAUCUUCUCAGCUUAAUCACAGUUCGAAAACUCUUUUCAUCCCUGGGGCUCCUUCUUCCAUCACUCUGUGCUGUGGCCCUGCCCUUUGUGACUUCUAGCUACAUAGCAACUAUUGUUUUGCUGAUACUCAUUCCCGGAACCAGCAAUUUCUGUGACUCGGGGUUCAUCAUCAACACUCUAGAUGUUGCCCCCAGAUACGCGAGCUUCCUCAUGGGCAUCUCCAGGGGAUUUGGGCUCACUGCAGGAAUCAUCUCUUCCACCACCACCGGAUUCCUCAUCAGUCAGGAUUCUGAAUCAGGAUGGAGGAAUGUGUUUUUCCUGUCUGCUGCAGUCAACAUGUUUGGUCUGAUCUUUUACCUUAUAUUUGGACAAUCAGAAAUCCAGAGCUGGGCCAAAGAAAGGACUAUCACCCGCCUCUGAGGAUGUAGGAUUGGAGACCCAAAUGAAGUGACCGCUGUCUGGGAGAAAGCCCCACACCUUUAGAAAGCACUGUGGAUUUGGCUGGCUUCUUUACUGUUGAAUGCUCCACACUGGACUUUCUCCACUACCACCUGGUUUGUUUUCUCUUUGGGACUUGGCACUGAUUCUGACAUGACUGCUAACUCAGCAAUCCACGGUCAUUGACCUGUUGCCUCAUGGGUAGGAUGUCAUCAUGCCUGCCAUCCUCCCACCUCCUUUAGACUUGGAUAUUAACAUUAUUUCAGUCCUUGUGACUUUCUCCCUUUAUGUCCUGUUGAUGCCCUGGAACUCCUAUAUGUAGACUUGUUUCUACUUGUGCUUGUCCAUACGUCCAGAAGAAUCUGCAAACCUGAGUGCUUUGUGAGUUUUGAACCAGAGGACCCUUUCCCUCUAGCCAUAAUGUUCAGCCCCCAUCACCAAGCCAUCACUCUAUCAUGCAUACUUUCUACCAUUCUUGUUUUUCUACCUGGAAAAUUGUUAAGAAAACAUUUGGUCCCUGAUAUGAGAUUCCCCUCUGUAUGCUGUGAAUAUGCUUUAUUACCAUUGGCUAAUAAAGAAACUGAUUUUGGCCUAUGGCAGGGCAGAACAAAGCCAGGUGGAAAAUCCAAACAGAACUAUAUGUAGAUAUAUGUAGAGGAGUCAGAGAGAUGCCAUGUAGCUGCCGAAGGAGAGAGACAACAGAAUCUUAACAAUAGGCCACAGCCAUAAUUAAUAGAUUAAUAUAAAUGGGUUAAUUUAAGAUGUAAGAGCUAUCUAGGAAUGCGCCUAAGCUAUUGGCCAAACAGUGUUGUAAUUAA